UUCCCGGAAGUGUCGUGUUGUUGUGGGGACGCGCUUCACGCUGGUUCCUCGUGUUGAAGCAGAAACACGCGGGUUCGUGCGCAGACACGAGGAAGAAGCUGAGGACCAUGGACAUGAAGAAGAGGGUCUCCUUAGAGCUGCGACACCGGUCACCCACAGAGGUGCAGGAGCUGGUUCUGGACAACUGUCGCUCCAGUGAAGGGAAGAUCGAGGGGAUCACGGAGGAGUUCUCCAACCUGGAGCUGCUGAGCCUCAUCAACGUCGGCCUGACCAGCGUCGCAGACCUGCCCAAACUGGACAAACUGAAGAAGCUGGAGCUCAGUGACAACAGGAUAUCAGGCGGUCUGGAGGUCCUGGCCGAGCGACUGGUGAAUCUAACGCACCUCAACCUCAGCGGGAACAAGUUCAAAGAUAUCAGCACCCUGGAGCCCCUGAAAAAGUUGCCUCAGCUAAAGAGUCUGGACCUGUUCAACUGCGAGGUGACAAACCUGGCCGACUACAGAGAGUCCAUCUUCAAGCUCCUCCCCCAGCUCACCUACCUGGACGGCUACGACAUCGACGACUGCGAAGCGUCCGAUUCUGACGGAGAGGGAGACGGCAUCGAGGACGAGGACGAAGAGGAGGGAGACUCGGAGGACUUUGAGGAAGAGGAGGAGGAGGAUGAAGAGGACGUUGUGGCUGAAGAAGAUGAUGAUGACGACAGCGCUGAUGAAGAGGACGGAGAAGUGAACGGAGACGUCGACAGUGAGGAUGAUGACGAGGAUGAAGACGAUGAGGAGGACGAUGACGAAGACUCGUCUCCGGCCAAAGGAGAGAAGAGGAAAAGGGACCCGGAGGACGACGAGGACGAGGACGAUGAUUAGGAUCCAAAGAGACUCUGCAAACCCGCUGACCUCUCGCCCGGUGACCCCACCCACCUCCGACACUGGCCCCUCCCUCUCUCCCUCUCUCCCUCCCUCCCCCCCACUCGGCCGACUCCUGGGCUGCGUCCCUGUUCUGACACUGGUCUCCUCCUCUGGGCUCUCGUCAUCUCACAGAUCGAAACAACCUGCGUUAACAUCGAUCAGGGUUUUGUCCUGAUCCCAGUUUUUUAGUCCUCAUCCCACAGUUUGAAUCUUUAAUGCGUAAUAAAAUCCAAUUUAAUCAACUCACUCACCGUCAAUCUGGUCAUCAAAAGAUUCUGAUAAUAACCCGCAAGAACUUUUUUACUUCCUGGCGUCUUCACACAUUUAUCUCCAUCUCCGUUUUUUUUUAUAAAUGAUGUUUAUCUGCCGAUCAUUUGUCACCAUUAAUCAUUUUAAUGUCUGAUUAUUCUAAACGUCUUUUAGAAGCUGGAAUCAGACAUUUCAUCGUUUUUUGUCUUUUCAAUUGACAAAUAAACAGUCGAGUGAUUAUCACAGUCGCUGCAGAUAAAUAUUCUGAUCAACUCAUCGAGUGACUUGUUUGAGUCCAGGACGGAUCAAACUGAGCUCCAGAUCGUUUCCUCUGUGACGUCUUUAUUUCUCCACAUGCAGCCGAGCACUGUUCGAUCUGAACUUUAUUCAGGGAUCACGUUUUGUGUCUCAAGCUUUUUCUCAGAAUAAAGAAUGAAACAGAACCUUGGAUGAAAAAUUUAAUGUAAAAUUUUUCGAGAGCUACAUCUCGACAGCCGGCAGGAAACUUCAGGAUGUGAUGUCACAAGGAGAAGUCGAUUUUAGCUCCCUCUUUGUUUUUCCAGAUCACAAACCAUCUCGAUCACAUUUGCGUCUUCAGGACGUUUCCUCGUUGGUGAACGAUGUUAACAGAAUGUGAGAAAUGACACGUUUGGGUUGUUUCUUUUGAAGGAGAUGGAGCAAGGGCUCAUGGGAGGUAACGGCACUUUUGGGAUGCACAAAAACAACCUCCCACUUUCCAUCCUUC